CCUAUAGCUCUAGGUCAACAAUCCACUUUUAUUUAUCCACAAAAUCAGCACUAAGUUUACCUAGUAAGUGUUAGGUACUAAUCUCAGACAAAAGUCGAAAUCAUCAAUACUGUCACAUUGACAUCGAAUUUAAAUUGUAGUAGCGUUAAAUUUUCCAAUGGCUUUGCUAAAACUAAAACCGUUUCUUAAAAUUAAUUCUCCUAUCCUCACCAAAGCUCUGACGAGAAAUCUCGAAGCUACCAGCAUUGAACAAAGCGCUCCUCAAAAAUUCACUUUGGAUGACAAAGUGGCAGUUGUAACAGGAGGUGCCUCAGGAAUAGGAUUCGCUAUAGCCAAAGAGUUCCUCAAAAAUGGAUUAUUGGCCGUUAAUAUUUUAGAUAUAGACAAACGAAAAUUGCUGACCAGUACGAGGACUCUAAAGCAAGAGUUUGGUGAAGAUAGGGUGAUUUCUAGUGAAGUUGAUGUUGCUGAUGCUGAACAAAUGGAUAAUAUUCUUCGAAAUACAUCAGUUGACUUUGAGGGGAUCGACAUCAUUGUAAACAAUGCAGGUGUUUUAGACGACACUAACUGGGAGAACCAACUGGAUACGAAUAUUCGAGGUUCAGUUAUAGGAACCCUCUUGGGAAUGCAAUACAUGGCCAAAACCAGCUCAGGUGAAGGAGGGAUUAUCGUAAAUAUAGGUUCGUCAAUGAGUAUAACACCAGCUUGUGGAUUUCCCAUACAUACGCUAACCCAAUUCGGUAUUGCCGGUUUUACCAGAGCCUUGGGAUCAAGCAAACUCUACGAAAGAACUGGAGUAAAGAUCUUCGGAUUCUGUCCAGGCUUAACCGACACCAACGCCUUGAAACAAUUGGAAGAAAAGGCCAUCAAUCAUAAUUUCGUAGGAGAAUUUGAAGAAGAAAUGAAAGACGUCAAUUUGCAAGAUCCCGUUAACGUCGCCAAAGGUUUAGUUGAAGUUUUGGGAGAUGCCCAACCUGGUUCAAUCUGGAUCGUUGAAAAUAAUAAAAGUCCAUUCGAAUUGGAAUUCCCGAAGAUAAUUGAAAGGAAGAAAAUAGAACGUGAAGAAACUCAACAAUCUGCAACAGAUACCACGCAAGCCAAAGCUCAAUAAAAUGCAAGUUAGUCGAAAACAAACAUACUUUUUGUAGUAAUCUUUUUAUGUACUCUCUAUAAUUUCAUUAUUAAAUAUUUAAAAAUUAUAUAGACUUUUAAGAAACUAUCACCAAUGACAUCAAAUACUAAUAACAUAGGUUGUUGAAAAUACAGUGCGUUCAGAAAAUAU